AUGGCGCGGCAGCGGCGAGGCGCGGGGCGGCUCUGGGCGCUGGGCGGCGCCGCGCUGGGAGUUUGCUUCGCGGGGGUCGCCGGGCAGCUGGUGGAGCCCAGCACGGCCCCACCCAAGCCCAAGCCACCCCCGCUGACCAAGGAGACAGUGGUAUUCUGGGACAUGCGCCUGUGGCACGUGGUGGGCAUCUUUUCGCUCUUCGUGUUGUCUAUCAUUAUCACCCUGUGCUGUGUCUUCAAUUGUCGCGUGCCACGGACCCGGAAGGAGAUCGAAGCCCGGUACCUGCAGCGAAAGGCAGCCAAGAUGUACACGGACAAGUUGGAGACUGUGCCGCCUCUCAAUGAACUCACAGAAAUCCCCGGAGAGGAUAAGAAGAAGAAGAAGAAGGACAGCGUGGACACGGUGGCCAUCAAGGUAGAGGAGGAGGAGAAGAACAAAGCCAAGAAGAAAGGAGAGAAGUGA